CCUCACCUCUCCGCCCGCCCGCUUCCCGCGCCGCGCAUGCGCACUGCGGACCGCGCCCUCCCUUCAGCCGCGCUCCGCCGCUGCCGGCACCGCUGCGGGCCGCCCGCCGCCUCCCGCCGUUUCCGCUUCCUCACUUCCGGCUCCUCCGCCCGUUCCCGGGACCCCCGGGCGUCGGCGCCGCCCCGCUCGGGCCGGGCGGCGCCAUGGGCCGCUCCUCCAAGGACAAGCGCGACAUCUACUACCGGCUGGCCAAGGAGGAGGGCUGGCGGGCCCGCAGCGCCUUCAAGCUGCUCCAGCUCGACGAGCGCUUCGGCCUCUUCGAGGGCGUGCGCCGGGCCGUCGACCUCUGCGCCGCCCCCGGGAGCUGGAGCCAGGUGCUGAGCCGCAAGCUGAGGGGGGUGCCGGGGGAGCCGGUGCAGGUGGUGGCGGUGGAUCUCCAGGCCAUGGCCCCGCUCCCGGGGGUGCUGCAGAUCCAGGGGGACAUCACCAAGGUCUCCACGGCCCAGGAGAUCCAGCGGCUCUUCGAGGGGCGCCCGGCCGACCUGGUGGUGUGCGACGGGGCCCCGGACGUGACGGGGCUCCAUGACCUGGACGAGUACAUCCAGGCCCAGCUGCUGCUGGCGGCGCUCAACAUCACCACCCACGUGCUGCGGCCGGGCGGCACCUUCGUGGCUAAGAUCUUCCGGGGCAAAGACGUGACGCUGCUCUACGCCCAGCUGCGGCUCUUCUUCCCCGAGGUGACCUGCGCCAAGCCGCGCAGCAGCCGCAACUCCAGCAUCGAGGCCUUCGUGGUGUGCCGCGGCUACAGCCCCCCCGCCGGCUACGUCCCCACCAUGGACAACCCGCUGCUGGACCCCGACGCCGGUAAGGGGGGGGGGGGGCUGGGGGGGGCGGGGGGGUCCUGGG